AGGAGAGAGGAAAGGGGAAAUGAGGUAGAAAUGACGCCGCUGUGGUUAUAAAUGAGGCUGCUAAACCUUCUUUGUUUCUCUUCAUGUGUCAUCUGCUUUCAGCUGAUGAGUCGUCCUGCGCUACGGUGUUUCUUUGGUGAUGUCAGUCAGAAUGGCUCUACUUCUUCCUCUCAUCUUCUCUCUCGUGAUUCACAAGGUUUCUAGUGCUGGUUGGGGUGUGAGUUACAGACAUUCACACAUCUGUGCACUAAAGGACUCAUCAGUGACAUUCUACUGCACUUACACAUACCCUACUGGAUAUGAGAUCAAGAAAGUGUUCUGGACCAAAACACUUGUUAAAGAUGGAAGUAAAGAAUCAGGUGAAGAAGGAGAGCAACAUAAAGAUCUGUCUGAGGACCCUGAAUACAGUCAGAGGCUUCAGUAUCUGGGAGAUAAACAGAAGAACUGCACCACCAGACUGAAUCAUGUGACACAGAAGGAUUCACAGAUGUAUUUCAGAUUCAUCACUGAUGAUGAUGAUGAUGAAGAUGAUGAUGAUGAUGAUAGGCAGGAACAGACUAGUGAUCCAGGAGUGUCUCUUACUGUCACAGAUCUUCAGGUGGAGUCUCCUGAGACAGUGAAAGAGGGAGAUCCAGUCUGUCUGACAUGUAAAAGCAGCUGCGAUCUGACUGACAGAGCAACAUUCAUCUGGUACAGAAACUCACAGCCAUUAACUGAGAGAAGAGACAGAAACAAUCAACUCCUGCUUCAGUCAGUCAGAAGAGAGGAUGCAGGCAGAUACAGCUGUGCUCUACAGGAACACACUUACAUCUCUCCUGCUGUUCAGCUCAAUGUCACCUACCCUCCUAGGAACGUCUCAGUGUCCAUCAGUUCAUCUGGUGAAAUAGUGGAGGGAGAUUCAGUGACUCUGAUCUGCAGCAGUGAUUCAAACCCUCCUGCAGAAAUCAGCUGGUUUAAAGGAAGAAAGAUUGUAGGAUCUGGAAGAAUCUACAGCAUCUCAAAGAUCAGCUCUGAUCACAGUGGAGAAUACAAGUGCAAGUCCAAAAACAAACAUGGAGAGAAAUACUCUGAUGCUGUGACUUUAAAUGUUAUGUGUGAGUUAAUAAUGGUUACGUAACAGUGACUUUAAAUCCUCUAAACAAAGUUUAUGAUGUUAAAAUUAUUGUGAUAUUUAAUGAUGUCAAAGUUUUU